AUGAUCUAUUCGCUUUGGUGCCUAGAGCUUAAAGCGUACAUAAAAUAUAAUUUCAUAAGUGAAAACAAGAAUCCAACCACAAUGAGUGGAAGGGUUGCUGCUGAUGCUGAAAUGAAGGAUUCCGAUAUCUGGAGUUUACCUUCUGCACGACACAAUACCGAUGAGUUACCUUACGUUCAUAAAGUGGGGAAGCCUCCAAAACAAGAUUUGUUGAAAGAGAUCAAAACUGCUCUCAAAGAAACUUUUCUUUCAGAUGAUCCAUUGAAACCCUUCAAGGAUCAACCAAAAAAGAGAAAGCUUGUUCUAGGGUUUCAAACCCUUUUUCCUAUUCUCGAAUGGGGUAGAGAUUAUAGUUUCUCUAAGUUUAAAGGCGACCUCAUUGCUGGAUGCACCAUUGCAAGUCUCUGUAUACCUCAGGAUAUUGGAUACGCAAAACUAGCAAACCUGGAUGCGCAAUAUGGAUUGUAUUCGAGCUUCGUUCCACCUCUGAUCUACGCAUUCAUGGGAAGCUCAAGAGAUAUCGCCAUUGGACCUGUUGCAGUCGUCUCUCUUCUACUUGGAACUCUUCUUCGACAAGAACUCGAUCCCGUCACACAAAAACACGAUUACGAACGUCUCGCAUUCACUGCAACUUUCUUUGCUGGCGUCACUCAAUUCACACUAGGGUUUUUCAGAUUGGGUUUCCUGGUCGAUUUCUUGUCGCAUGCUGCCAUUGUUGGGUUCAUGGGAGGAGCUGCUGUCACCAUCGCACUUCAACAGCUGAAAGGGUUGUUUGGAAUCAAAGACUUCACCAAAAAGACUGACAUCAUCUCCGUUAUGCGUUCUGUGGUUCAAGCUGCACCCCAUGGGUGGAACUGGCAGACUCUAGUCAUCGGAGUUUCGUUCUUGACCUUCCUUAUUGUUGCAAAAUUCAUCGGGAAAAAGAACAAGAAGCUGUUUUGGGUGCCUGCUAUAGCUCCAUUGAUAUCGGUUAUUAUCGCGACUUUUUUCGUCUUCAUCACUCACGCAGACAAAGACGGGGUCCAAAUCGUGCGUCAUAUUAAGCAAGGAGUCAACGAAUCAUCAGCACAUGAAAUUUUUUUCAAUGGCCCCUUCCUUGCUAAAGGUUUCAAGAUUGGAGUUAUUGCCGGAUUGAUUGCACUCACGGAAGCUGUGGCAAUUGGAAGAACGUUUGCUUCAAUGAAGGACUAUCAGAUUGAUGGAAACAAAGAAAUGGUGGCUUUAGGUUCCAUGAACAUAGUUGGUUCGUUGACAAGUUGUUAUGUCGCCACAGGUUCGUUUUCUCGAUCGGCAGUGAAUUACAUGGCGGGAUGCAACACCGCAGUGUCCAACAUCGUGAUGUCUAUAAUCGUAUUGUUGACUCUUUUAGUCAUCACCCCAUUAUUCAAAUACACCCCAAAUGCAAUCCUAGCCUCCAUCAUUAUAUCAGCAGUUAUAGGUCUCAUUGACCUUGAUGCAGCAAUCCUACUAUGGAAGAUUGAUAAAUUUGACUUUGUAGCUUGUAUGGGUGCCUUUUUUGGUGUUAUUUUCGCUUCUGUUGAAAUUGGCCUCUUGAUUGCGGUUGGUAUAUCUUUUGCCAAAAUUUUGCUCCAAGUUACAAGACCCCGCACGGCGGUGCUCGGUAAGAUCCCACGGACUAGCGUGUACCGGAACGUAGAACAGUAUCCUGGUGCAACUAGGGUUCCCGGUGUUUUGAUUAUCAGAGUUGAUUCUGCAAUCUACUUCUCGAAUUCUAACUACGUAAAGGAGAGGAUUUUGAGGUGGCUAUCAGAUGAGGAAGAGAUGUUUAAAGGGCAACCGAGAGUCGAAUAUUUGAUAGUUGAUAUGUCACCUGUUACUGAUAUUGAUACGAGUGGGAUUCACGCGUUGGAAGAAUUGUAUAAUAGUCUUCAAAAGAGAGAUGUUCAGCUUAUUUUAACAAAUCCGGGACAAAUUGUACUUGACAAACUACACACAUCUAAUUUGGCGGAUUUGAUUGGGGAAGACAAGAUAUUUCUAACUGUAGCUGAUGCUGUUCUAACCUUUGCUCCAAAAAUGGAACAAGCAUAAAAAAAUGUUUUAUAUUUAUCUGUGUUUAUACAUGUUUUGAUUAUAUAUUAUAUGUGAAAGAUUCUAACUUGUGGAAAGGGGUAAAAAUGUAAAUUAACCAAGAGGGGAAUGGAUGUUGUACAUAAGCUGGAAUCCGUUUUGCAUUUGAGAUAUGAAGCUCUAAAGAUGCAAUCGAACGCCGCUACUUCUUCCUUCGAUGUGUAAUCAAAAGCUUAUACUUAAAAUGUUUUUCAAUUCAGUAAUCUAUAAAGACUCUUUAUGUUCUUUUGGUGUUCAUCUUUUAUUGAUCGUUUGUAAG